GCGAGCGCAGUCAACCAACAUUAAUCUCUAGCAACUUGCGUGCGUCCUUGAAUAGCAAGCAAAACUUGUUUUAUGUCACCAAAAUUAGCCAUCUAGCGGCAUCGCCCUGGCUCGGACACAAAAUCAAAUCUGUACUACGUGCCGUCACUCUCUCUCUCUCUAUAAAUCGUCAUAUCAUACCCAAAAUUUCCAACACAUCAGCCAUUUCCAGCAAAGCUAGGGAAGCAAUCUGAAUCUGACAAACCAUGGGCAACCCCUACUAUGAAUGCCCGCUUCCUGUCGCAAUUCCUCCAGCAAAACCAUUUCUUAAGUCCAUAAAAUUAGGUAUCAAGGAGACUCUUUUCCCUGAUGACCCUUUCAGGCAAUUCAAGAACCAGCCAGCUUCUAGGAAAUUCAUUUUGGGAAUGCAGUACUUUGUACCUAUCCUGGAAUGGGCUCCUCGUUACACUUUCGAGUUCUUCAAAGCUGAUCUUAUAGCUGGAAUUACUAUUGCCAGUCUAGCAGUUCCUCAAGGGAUAAGUUAUGCAAGUCUUGCUAGCUUACCUCCAAUCAUUGGAUUAUAUUCAAGCUUUGUGCCACCUUUGGUGUAUGCCAUGUUGGGGAGUUCAAGAGAUUUGGCCGUGGGUACUGUAGCUGUGGCAUCGCUUCUCAUAUCUUCCAUGUUAGGGAAGGAGGUUAACCCUAAUGAGAACGCGAAGCUCUAUGUUCAGUUAGCUUUAACUGCCACCUUUUUUGCUGGAGUUUUCCAAGCUGCUCUUGGCUUAUUAAGGCUUGGUUUUAUUGUGGACUUUUUGUCCCAUGCAACAAUAGUGGGUUUCAUGGGUGGGGCUGCCACGGUUGUUUGCCUUCAGCAGCUAAAAGGCAUUCUUGGGUUAGUUCGUUUCACUCACGGGACAGAUCUUGUAUCGGUUAUGCGUUCAGUCUUUAGCCAAACACACCAGUGGAGAUGGGAAAGUGGUGUCUUGGGUUGUUGUUUUCUCUUCUUCCUCGUUCUCACAAGAUACAUUAGCAAGAGAAAGCCAUGCUUCUUUUGGAUAAAUGCGAUGGCACCCAUGAUGUCUGUUAUUGUUGGAAGUGUUCUUGUUUAUUUGACCAACGCUGAGAAAUACGGAGUUCAAGUGAUUGGUCACCUAAAGAAGGGCUUGAAUCCACUAUCUGUAUCUGAGUUGGCUUUUGGGUCACCGUAUAUGGUGGCAGCUAUUAAAACAGGAAUCAUAACUGGUGUCAUAGCUCUUGCUGAAGGAGUAGCUGUUGGGAGGAGCUUUGCCAUGUUCAAGAAUUAUCAUAUUGAUGGAAACAAAGAGAUGAUCGCAUUUGGGAUGAUGAAUAUUGCAGGCUCUUGCGCCUCUUGUUAUCUUACCACAGGACCAUUUUCGCGAACUGCGGUGAAUUUUAAUGCAGGAUGCAAAACAGCAGGCUCUAACAUAGUCAUGGCAACUGCUGUAAUGGUGACGUUGCUGUUUCUGACACCGUUGUUCCAUUACACCCCCAUAGUGGUUCUCUCCUCCAUUAUCAUUGCUGCGAUGCUUGGCCUAAUUGAUUAUGAAGCUGCAAUUGGCCUCUGGAAAGUUGACAAGUGCGACUUCAUUGUUUGCAUGAGUGCAUACAUUGGAGUUGUCUUUGGCAGUGUGGAAAGUGGCUUGGUCAUUGCUGUCACAAUUUCUUUGCUAAGGAUGCUCCUGUCUGUAGCAAGGCCAAGGACAUUUCUUUUAGGCAACAUUCCCAACUCCAUGAUCUUUAGAAGCAUAGACCAAUACCCGGUUGCAAACAAUAUUCCAGGAGUUCUCAUUCUCCAGAUUGAUGCACCAGUCUACUUUGCCAACGCAAACUACUUAAGAGAAAGGAUUUCAAGAUGGAUCUACGAGGAGGAGGAAAAGCUGAAAUCCACAGGAGAAUCAAGCUUACAGUAUGUGAUACUAGAUCUCAGUGCUGUUGGCAGCACAGAUACAAGUGGAAUCAGCAUGUUCAAAGAAGUAAAGAAAAGCAUCGAUAGAAGAGGUCUCAAGCUCGUACUGGCCAAUCCAAGAAGUGAGGUGAUUAAGAAGCUAGUAAAGUCGAAGUUCAUCGAAAGCAUUGGUCAGGAAUGGAUCUAUCUGACAGUAGGAGAGGCUGUAGCAGCAUGCAAUUUUAUGCUACACGCAAGCAAAUCAAAUAAUCAGGUCGCAGAUGAGUUUGGCGCGCACAAUAAUGCCUGAUGUAAGAGGGGAGGAAUUGGAUCCAACCACAACUAUGUGGUGUGAAUGUUCACCGCUGAAGAAGAACCCCACUUAAUCUUAUUGAUCCUGAAGUGGAAAAAACUUAUGAAUUUGCUGUGAUAACUAAAGGUCUAAAAAUAUUUUGUAUCCCCGUAUAGUGCAAACAUAGUAGUAUGUAGUUCUUUCUAGAAAUUAUAAAAGGUUGGUUGAUA